AUUCGCUAAAAUUUGACCUUCCUUAUUGCAAAUUGUGAGUAUAUAAACUAGAUCACGGGGUGUCACAUUUAUCAUUCACAUUUGUGAAACUUACAAACAUGUUCUCCAAAAUCGUAGCCCUAUGCGCCUUCGCGGCAGUAGCCCAGGCCGGUCUCCUGGUUGAGCCGCACUACUCCUCGGCGGCCGCCGUCUCCUCGCAGAGCAUCGUGCGCCACGACCAGCCCCAAGCCGUGGCCCACAAGCUGGUGGCUGCUCCCGUCGCCUACCACGCCGCCCCCGCUCACGUUGAAUACCACGCCGCUCCCGCUCACGUCGCCUACCACGCUGCCCCCGCCCCCGUGACCUACCACGCCGCCCCUGCUGCCGUCGCCUACCACGCCGCUCCCGCUCCUGUUGCGUACCACGCCGCUCCUGCUGCUGUCCACUACACCGCUCCCAUCGCUCACGAAGAAAUUCCGCACUACUCCUCGGCCGCCGCGGUCUCCUCGCAGAGCAUCGUCCGCCACGACCAGCCUCAGCUGGCCCACAAGCUGGUGGCUGCCCCCGUCGCCUACCAGGCCGCUCCCGCUCAUGUCGCCUACCAGGCCGCUCCCGCUCAUGUCGCCUACCACGCUGCUCCCGCUCAAGUUGCCUACCACUCCGCCCCUGCCCCCGUGACCUACCACGCUGCCCCCGCUCCCAUCGCCUACCACGCUGCUCCCGCUGCCGUCCACUACUCCGCUCCCAUCGCCCACGAGGAAAUCUCUCAGCCAGCCAAGUACGAGUACUCCUACUCUGUUGCUGACGGUCACUCCGGCGACAACAAGUCCCAGCACGAGACCCGUGACGGUGAUGUCGUGAAGGGCUCUUACUCCCUCAAGGAGGCUGACGGCUCCAUCCGCACCGUGGAGUACACCGCUGACCCCCACAACGGUUUCAACGCCGUGGUGCACAACACCGCCCCCUCCCACGCUCCCGUGGUCGUCAAGGCCGCUCCCGUCGUCUACUCUGCCCCUACUUACUACCACCAUUAAGUCAAGAAAUAUGU